UCCAUAAGAGUGAAUAGAAUAUAGAUAGAACCCUAGAUUUCGACGAAAGCGAAUCGGAUCAAUUCCAAAGAGAAGCCAUGGCAGGAGUUGGACCGAUGACUCAGGAUUGGGAGCCGGUGGUGAUCCGCAAGAAGGCCCCGAACUCCGCCGCCAAGCGCGACGAGAAGGCGGUCAACGCCGCUCGCCGAACCGGCGCCGAUAUCGAGACCGUCAGAAAAUUCAAUGCUGGGACAAACAAGGCGGCAUCAAGCAGCACAUCUCUGAACACAAAGAAACUAGAUGAUGAUACUGAGAACCUUACUCAUGAUCGUGUGCCUACUGAACUAAAGAAAGCUAUCAUGCAAGCCCGGAUGGAGAAGAAGCUAACCCAGGCUCAACUUGCUCAAAUUAUCAACGAAAAGCCACAGGUGAUCCAAGAGUACGAAUCUGGGAAAGCAAUUCCGAAUCAGCAGAUACUUUCUAAGCUAGAGAGGGCGCUUGGUGCAAAACUGCGUGGAAAGAAGUGAAUGAGACCGUGAAAAUAAAGUCAGUCACAGUUUCAACUGUCCCUGUGCUGUAGAGAAAAACUGAUGCUGUUUUUAAGAGCUUAGUUGUCAAAGAUAUCGUUUCUGAUGUAAGAAAUCAGUUGGAAUGUGUUUCGGGAAUGAAUAAACAAUCCAGCUUUGCAGUGUG